CCAUUAUCGGACAUCCCUAGUAGGAAGUUGAAUAAACUAAUGAGGAACAAGUAGGAUUAAAUAAACUCUGCUUCGUCAUACUCCCUUUCGGACCGUUGAGCAUUUGUAAACACGUGUAUAAACUAAACCACUCUCAUGGUAUAAUUGUUUGAGAAUCAGGGCAUAUUUUUGUUAAAAGAAAUUGGUCCAUGCGUGUCUUCAUGAAUGAAGUCACAUGACCAAACACGAUGACGUGAUACAAGAGAAAGGAAUCAACAACAAGGAGAGCAAGAGCUGGCGUUUUUUUGUGUGUGUGUGUGUGGUGGAGAGCGCUCCUUGUCAAAAGUGGUCUUCGGUAAACGCGAAACUGUGCCUUUAAUGUUUUCCGUCGCUUCGAGAAGAGGACACUGAGAGCUUCAAGUUGAAGAAAACGUCACUCCCCGAGUCAGUGUCAACUCAUGCGAGCGUGCUGCUUCAUCACCUCGCCGCCAAAGGGGUGCAAAGAGCGAUCGAGCCGAGGCUGAGGAUUGACCGCCACAGCAGCAGCAGCAGCAGCCAGAUCAGCCAGCAGUACAGGUGGACGUGGUUCUCGUGGCAUGACUACUCCAAACAAGGGAAACAAGGCCCUAAAGGUGAAGCGGGAGCCAGGAGAGAAUGGCACCAGCCUGACCGACGACGAACUGGUGAGCAUGUCGGUGCGGGAGCUGAACCAGCACCUACGGGGUCUGUCCAAGGAGGAGAUCCUGCAGCUGAAGCAGCGGCGGCGCACGCUAAAGAACCGGGGCUAUGCCGCCAGUUGCCGGGUGAAGCGCGUCACCCAGAAGGAGGAGCUGGAGAAGCAGAAGGCUCAGCUGCAGCAGGAAGUGGACAAGCUGGCCACGGAGAACGCCAGCAUGAAAGUGGAGCUGGACGCUCUGCGCUCAAAGUACGAGGCCCUGCAGAGCUUCGCCAGGACUGUGGCCCGCAAUCCCGUCACCUCGGCCCGCGGCCCUAUGGCCUCGGUCAUCGGCCCCUUCAUACCCGGUAAAGUGGCCGCCACCAGCGUCAUCACCAUCGUCAAAUCCAAAACAGAGGCUAGGUCGUAGUAGCGGGAUGACGCCUCCGAUAGUCAGUGCAUUGUAACAUAUAGCAUUCCAGUCUUCAAAAUGGCAAUAUUGGCUUACUGUUCAAUUAGUGCAGUUAUUGAUUAAAGGGACAACCCGAGUCGCUAUGUUUGUCUCACAGCUGGUACAAUCCUAAAUAAUAUAAGGCUGAUAA